AUAUUGACCUAAAACGUCGUUUCAACAGGUUAUGAGCCCGGCUCUUCGCUCGUGAGGCUAACCAGCAAAGAUCUGAGCCAAAUUACACACGAAGCAAGCCGCAAUUGCAACGGGGACACGCACCGCGAUACCCCUAUUCCAAAACACCAAAACACUACGAAUAUCAAAAUAUUCAAUCGCCGGAAGCAGACUCCAGAAUGUCGCAACCAGGCAAAUACCAGUCUCUACUACAUGUCUCGAAUACACAACCAAAGACACAAGCAGAUAGGCUUCCAGAAAAGCUACCGGACGGAAUUCAACCCGUACCUGAAAGGUUAAAGGGUCGAGAAGAUUACUUAACAUGGCGCUUUGAAAUACAUCAAAUCCUGAAGAAUAUCGGUUUACAAGACAUGAUCGACAAGGAUCUAUCCCAUCCUAAUGCAGAUCACACGAAUUACUGGCUAUGGCACCAUCUAUCAAUUAAUAUCCAGUUCUGGCUAGCUAGCCAGCUGUCUGACUCUCUAAAGAAAGCACUGAUAAUGUCCCCUGACGCGCACGAUUACGCGGAUGAAGCCUAUGAGAUUAUCAAAUCGCUCGUUCUGGGCCACGGUCAUAUGCUUUAUCAAAUAACGUACUUCGACCUCAUCUACCAACGCCGAUCCGACUACUCCACCGUUGAACAAUACGUGGAGGCUUUUAAACACGCAUACACUUUCGCUAAAGAGUUCAAAGUCGGGAUAUCACCAUACUGUGGGUUGCUACACCUGCUCAAAGAGUUGGAAUCAGACCUCCCGACCUGGGUAUCCACAGUGGAGUGCAAUUUGCCUGAUAACGCUGCGGACACCCUCCAGGAGAAGGAGUUCCUAGUUUACUGCAGGACAGCAAUCGAACAAGGCAAUAAACAAAUGUAGAAAUAUUCUUUCGCUGCGCCAGCGAAGAACACUGGAGGCACCACCAAGUCCGGAAGCACUACAACGAC